CUCGACAAAAAGGCACAGUUGCCGAACACUCUCAACAAUAACAAUAUCACGCUCUUUCACGUUCCUUCAAUACUUCCAUAUACCCUCUUUAUUUUCCAGUGCAUUGCAAAUUCAAAACAAACUCCGUCUCCAAGAAAAGAAAAGGAGAAGAAGAAACAAUUUAGUCUCUCCUGAACUAAUCGGUAAUUUUUAUUUUACUUUAAAUUUUGUCGACAAAAAUUAAAUAGUGAUGUUCAGCACUGCAAGUUCUUUUUUUGUUUUUUGGGAUUGAUCUACUUUCGAGCGUUCAUAUUUGUUUUUAUUUUUAUAUUUUCCUUCCACGGUCAGUCCUUAAUAAUCUAUCCUUUUGUAUUUAUUUAUUUAUUUUCCAGCAUCCGGGAAAGUUUUGAUCUGGGAAGAUCUGGUUAUCCGUGUGACGACAGUGUUUUGUUUUGCGUUUUUACUUGUGAGGGUUGUUUCUGAUACCUCGUACUGGGUUGUUAAAGUGUUGAUUUAUGUUACAAAUGGAGACACUUGUUGUGACGCAGCAUAGGAACCAAUACUACAGCAGGUCCAAGUCACAAGGCAGCUCUCGGUUUGGUUCUUCACCUUCAAGUGACUUUAGGGGCAUCAAUUGCAGAACUUUCCAAACCGGUUCCGGUAUUUUACCAACACCGUUCAAAUCUAAUACUUCAUCGUUAGCUUCUUCAAAAUCACCGUUUACUCCUUCAAACUCAAACAAAGAUAAUAAAACUAGUCCCCGUAGCACCCCAGUCCCCAUCAAUUACAAAGCUUGUGAAAAGGAGAGAUCUUUCAGUGAACAUGUCCCUGAUGAGAGGAGCACUUUGUUCUCUGAACUCUGGGCUGGACCUACCUACUCUAAUUCUCCACCACCCAGUUCCUUGCCUAUCCCAAAAUUUUCUGCUCGACCUAAGAGAACUGUGUCCCUUGAUCUACCUGGUUCCUAUCCUGAAGUUGAAGUGCCCCCACUCCCCAAUACUGCCCCUGCCUCCCCUUGUAGCAAGUGUUCCUCUUCUGCUAAAGACCUCUUUGAUAAUGCUGAUUCUGCGACUAAGACGCUGUGUCGUAUCCUAAAUCUUAACUGGGAUGAUGAAUGAGACCCAAGGAGCAACAGGCUCCUGUAAAUAAGUACUUUAAUUAAUGAAGUUGGGUUAGUGUUAGAUUAGGCUCCUGUAACUAAGACGUUGAUUAUUGAUGAAUACAUUGGGUUGGGAAUCUCAUGGUUUUGGACUUUGGAUCAGGCUCAGAUGUUUGGGAACAGGGUUUGUUUUGCGACUCAAGUGACGGAUGGAAGCUGAAUGGUGUUAAUGGGUUGGAGUGGCACGGAAUAGACUUGGUUGACUGUGGUUCAUUUAACUGAGGCAGAAGAAAGUUGUUAGUUGUAUAUUCAAACUGAAUCCUGAUUUCAUGAUAUGGAGUUCACAUCAUCAUCACCCCUCAUAGAAUGGUUAUCUUCUAAUCUGAUAAAAAGAUUAGGCCUCUUGGUAAAGAUAGUACAUACUGUAGAUUGUAGCAUCUUUUACUUACAAUAACCCUUUAGAACUCAACCCUUUGCUCCUUUUUCCCCCAUUUAAAUUUUCCUUUCUUAUCAUUAUCUAUAUGUUCUGGUCUUCUAGAUGAUCCACUGUUCACUAGUUUUUGUUUUUUACUAUAUAAUCCUUCUUGAAGUUCUCAUUUCUUAGCUGCUCUGAGAACAAUUAGGUUGCCCCUUAGCUAUCUUUUCUGUUUUUUACAAAGAAAAGUUGGGAGGGGUUUGGUUAUGUAAUCUUUUGCUGCCAAUUGCAUAGUAUUGUAGGGUUAAUCUUGGGUUACACAACCUGUUAGUAAGCCCCCAAUAUUUUUCCGUUUUCAAUUUUGGUUAAUGCUUCUUUCCAUAGUCUUCACCUGGCUUAUCUCGACGAUGGAGAGUGUUGACCACGCUACGCCAAAAUUAAGGGAGGAAAAAAUGUACCGAGGCUAUUUUGUUCUAGAGAUGUAUGUGGUCAUAUUCGACUAGGUUGCUACUAGCUAGUUAGAUCGCAAGUCCGUUUUACUUUAUGAAGUUCCGAACUUUUCAUGUGUUUCUUUCUUUUAGCUUCUUUUACUAAUGAAACUUCUAUGAUCUGCUGAAAUAAAAUUGUUGGUGACUAUUAU